AUGAUACCUCACGUGUUCUGUAAAACUCUCACUGCUUCUGAUACCAGCACUCAUGGUGGUUUCUCUGUUCCUCGUCGGGCAGCCGAGGAUUGCUUCUCUCCCCUGGACUAUAAACAACAGAGGCCUUCACAGGAGCUUGUUGCUAAGGAUCUACACGGGAUUGAAUGGCAAUUUAGGCAUAUCUAUAGAGGCCAGCCUCGAAGGCAUUUGCUCACUACUGGUUGGAGUGCAUUUGUUAAUAAAAAGAAGCUUGCAUCUGAAGAUGCAGUGCUCUUUUUAAGGGGUGGUGAUGGAGAACUCAGGCUAGGGAUCCGAAGAGCAUCCCAAGUUAAAAGUGGUGCUUCAAUUCCAUCUUUCCUUGACCAACAAUUAAGUGCUAGCAGCAUUGCUAGUGUACUGAAUGCCAUAUCUACGCGAAGUAUUUUUAACAUUUGUUAUAAUCCAAGGGGUAAUUCGUCCGAGAUUAUUGUACCUUAUCAUAAAUUCACAAAGAGUGUUGCACGAUAUUCUUCUUCUGGAAUGAGCUUUUAUAUUGCUGGUGCUUUGGUGCUGACUGCCGAGCAUCUGUUUGCAUCACCAGCUGUUGUUAGGUACAAUGAGUUGCAGGUCAAUCGCCUUAGUAGGGUUUCCCCUUGGGAGAUUGAGGCAUCUGGUUCAAUGUCUGCACCCGGCAGCUUUGUAGUACCGGGUGCCAAGAGAAUCAGGGUCGGCGUUCCUGCAACAAAGCCAGAUUUUCAAGUUAUGAGAGAUACGAAUGAAGUUUCAGACUUUGGGGAGUCUCUAAGGUUCCAGAAGGUCUUGCAAGGUCAAGAAAUUUCGGGGAUUAGUACUCUAUGUGCCGAAAUUGAUGCUCCAAGUCAGCAUCCAUUAGAAAUGAGGCGCUUUCCAAGUCAAAAUGGUUCUAGGAUUUCUUCAGUGGGAAAUAGCAGCAGGCGUCUGCACGUAGACUUUGAAAACUACUUCAAGGGCACUAGGUCAUGUGAAUCCUUUCAAUUCCAUAAGGUCUUGCCAGGUCAAGAAGCAAUUUCAACCGUGCCACAUGUAAGGGGCCCGACAGCUAACCAGGUGCACGAAAAUGGCAUCAAUAAUGUAAUGAAUGGUUUUACGUUGCCAACUCGUGGAAAUAGUUGGUCCACCUUGACCCCGGGUUGUAACACUCGUAUGUACUCUUCUGCAGCACUGAUACAGACAUCUUCACCUUCCUCUGUGCUACUGUAUCAGCAAGCAAGCUCUCCGCCACCUCCAUUUCAGGCAUUACAUUCUGGCAAUGAGAAGAAUCUUGAGACCAGAAAUCAGGACAAAUUUCAUGUUUCUGAACGACUUGCGAGGAAGUUAACAUCCUGCUCAUCUUCUGAGAGUGCUGACACAAGGGAAGAUCUGCAAGGUUGCUUAUAUACGGGUGGUUCGGAAGAGCAUAACCAAAUGGGGUUUCUGCCGCUCCCUCUUUCAACUCACUCAUCCUUGAGAGGAAAUGCAAAUUUUGUAUCAAUGUGUGAAAGUAGCUGCAAGCUUUUUGGUAUUCCCUUGACGGAGGGAAAUGUCGGUACAAGUAUGGGGAAUCGUCCAACUGAAUCUGCUUGUGCGUAUGGCCAUGAAAAUGCUUUUCUGGCCUGUAACGAAAGACAGCUCUAA